UAUUUAUAUAUUUAUGGAUCCUGAGACAUAUAGGGCAGUGGUUAUGGGUAAGGUGCAAGAUCUUGAAAAGAUUUUGCAGGAAAAUGAGAUUCCUGUUCUUGAUCAGGUCACUUUUCAAGGAAACACAAUCCUGCAUCUUGCGGCCAUCUAUGGUCAUGACCACUUAGUGCGGCGUAUUCUUGACCAUGAGCUAGACGUUCUUAGAAGUUGGAACCCUAACAUCGUUGGUAACUUUGCUCCCAGUUUAUCCCAUUACCAGACUCUUCUUGUGAGACAGAACUCAGAAGGAAACCUUGUUCUCCAUGUAGCAGCUGCUGCAGGACACGAGCUUAUAGUUGACUAUCUCGUUGAGUCUCUGAGGCGGCUUCCUCAAGAUAGAAACAUUGUGGUUAGAUCAGAGCAGAUACUAGUUGGUAAUAUUUUCAGCGUCUCUAACAAUGAUGGGUUUACUGCAUUGCACCUCGCCUUGAAAGGGAACCAUGUAGCUGUUUCUUUGCAGCUUGUUCGGGAAGAUCAGAGCACUUGCUUUCUUUUGGACAAGGAGGGUGUGUCUCCAUUGUAUAUGGCGGCUGAAGCUGGUCAUGUUUCACUUGUAGAGCAUAUGUUACAUGGUUUGAACGCAAGCUUUGUUGGCAAGUCUGUGGUGUGUGCUGCAUUGAAAAGCAAGAAUCUCGAUGUUCUAAGAGCUAUAUUGGAGAGUGACUCAGAUCUGGUAGACUCUAGGGAUGAAGAUGGAAGAACUCCACUUGCUUUUGCAGCAUCCAUUGGAUAUGACAUAGGGGUUGAGCAUAUGCUAACCAGAUUUGGAAGUUCUACACAGAUUGCUUACAUAAAGAGUGAAGAUGGUUCUUUCCCUAUCCACUCAGCUUGCGUUGCAAGUCGCAAGACUCGCAACGCAGCUCUCAAGGUGAUAUUAAAACACCACCCGGAUACAAUAGAGAUGCUUAACUCACAAGGACAAAAUGCUCUUCAUGUGGCUGCUGAAAAUGGGAACGCAGGAGCUGUUGGCUAUCUGCUCAGAAAAGCUGACGUCAAAAGGUUAAUCAAUGAGCAAGAUUUAGAAGGAAACACACCGUUACAUUUAGCCAGCAUCAAUUCUCAUCCCAAGGUUGUGAGUCUCUUCAUACAUGAUAGCAGAGUUGACUUGAAAGUAUUGAAUCACAAAGGGUUCACUACUUUGGAUGCAGCAGAGGAGUAUAUGGCUGCAAUUCCUUCACUCCAACAGUGGUUGAUAUGGGUGGCAUUGGUGUCUGCUGGUACCACUAGAGCCCCACGUGUUCAUCUGAAAGCAGACAGUCCUACCACAGAAGAAGACUUCACAUUAAAAAUUUACAAAGACAGAGUCAACACUCUUCUUGUGGUGGCAACACUUGUGGCUACAAUGGCUUUUGCUGCUGGCUUGAGUGUGCCGCUAGGUUACAACAGCACAGAGUUCAAGUCAAAUGUGAAGCAUUCAUACAAAGAAUCUGCGUUUAAUGCCUUCGUCAUCUGUAACAGCAUUGCCGUCUAUAGUGCUGUUAUAUCAACAGUUGCUCUUAUAGGGACACAGUUGGCUGACAUGAAGUGCAUGCUGACUACUUUCAAGUUUAUUGUGCCACUUCUUGGGUUUUCUAUUAUCUCCAUGUCUUUGGCUUUUGUCGCAGGCUUAUACCUUGUCUUGGGACAGCAUCACUGGCUUGCAAUAUUUGUCUUGGCUUCGGGAGGCUUUUAUCUCAUGGCUCUGCUUCUGCUUAUUAUCCCUUACGCUUCGCCUUAUACUUUUAGUCCAUUAGUUUUUCGCUAUUUUUUGCGGUUUCCUUUUUCCAUGUUGGUUUUCUUUGCGUACUGGAGAGAUGGCACUGAUGGGGAGUGCUCUUCACGAGUUUUCCGUUGGUCAUUUAUUGGCUAA